AUGGACACGGUCCUCAUGGGCAUCUACUACCCCGGUGACUUGCGAAAAGAGGCCAAAACCAAGGAUGGCCUCAAGGGUAUGCACCGCGUAGAUUGGAUGCCGCGUCCUAGACUCGCCACCGCCAAAGGAUACGCCAAGUUCCUAAACAUCCCCGAAAUGCCUGUCACUGGCUACCUGGCCUGCACCACUCUCUUCACCAAGCUACCAGCCUUUCGCAACGCUAAGCUGGCAUCAUUUUGGCCCGAUACUGUACUUCAGGAAGCUGGUCCGGAAGGCGAGCGGGCAAGACAAAGCCGGGGCGAGAACAAACGGCCCAGGUUUCCCGUCAUCAUCUUCAGCCACGGUUUGGGCGGAUCCCGGCUCUGCUACAGCGCCAUCUGCGGAGAGCUCGCGAGCUUUGGGUUCAUCGUGGUGGCCAUGGAACAUCGAGAUGGCAGCGGUGCGAGAACACACGUUAGCUUGCCGGAAGACAUUGACCCGGCGGAGAUCGAGUCCUCGACGGCCAAGAUCUACACCAAUGACGAUACGGACAAGGACGCCGGCGGCAAGAAGGUACGUGGUCGUGGCAAGAAGGGCGUGAACCCUUACUAUGUUGUCGACUACAUCCUUCCCAAAGACAAUGCUCAGGAUACGUCGCCGCAUAAUCCACAAGGCGUGGAUCGUGUGCUGAGAUCCGCACAAAUUGAGCUUCGCCAAGAGGAGAUCAAGGAAGCGCACCAUGUCAUCAGCCUCAUCAACAACGGCCAGGGUGAAGAGGUUGCCAAGAUGAACCUGCGCAAGAAGGGAAACAUUGGGUCCAGCUCCAUGGGCCUCACCGGGAUUCAGUGGGAGGAUUGGAGGGGCAGCAUGUUUCUCGACACCGUCUCCGUGAUGGGGCAUUCCUUCGGCGGAGCCACGACGGUGCAGCUCUGCCGGGACGACUCGCUUACCUGGCUCGCCUCGGGCCUCAUCCUGGAUGCCUGGGGCCAGGCGACGCCUCCCGGCGGCGACAAGCCGUCCAACAGCGUCACCAAGCCCAUCAUCGCCAUCUCGUCCGAGGCCUUCAUGCACUGGAAGGAGAACUACGGGCGCGUCGUCUCGUUCUGCAACGAGGCGCGCGACUCGGGCGCGCUCUGCUGGAUGCUCACCAUCGCCGGCUCGACGCACCUCGCCAUGACCGACUUUGCCGUCCUGUACCCCGUCUGGAUGAGCCUGUUCAUGAAGUCGCUCGUCAGCCCCAGCCGCGCCUUCUACCUCACCAUCGUCGCGUCGCUCGAGUUCCUCGAGGCGACGCUGCCGCCCGAGCAGACCAAGUUCCGCACGUGGAACCGCGGCGAGGGGAAGGACGAGCAGCAGCGGCUCCUCCGCACGCGCGAGCCCGUCAGCGACCCGGACGAGGCGCUCCGGUCGGACCACGCGCCGGACGACAAGUGGGUGGCGGUGCGGCUCAAGAUCCCCAACGAGUUCUCGACGAGGAUGCGAAGCCUCUGGCAGAAACUUCGGAGGGCGAUCCUGUGCAUGGUUCAGGACGACCCCUCAGAGACGGAAAAGGGCGAGAGCAAUUAUGCGUUGAGCCAAGAGAUUUGGAUGCAUUUUAGCCCGGCGGACGCGGAUGUCCAGGCGCAUCGCCGGAGACUCAUGAGAGCGUAG